UGAACGUUUCAUUGUCCUAACAAUCUUAAAUGUCUUGUAAGUUGUUUAGAAACUAUAUAGGUACAUAGUUGAUUUGAAACAUUCUCCAACUCCAAAACCUGACCUGGUCAAUUGGCCCUGAAGUAGAACAGCUCCAACCACAUCAUGACAAGUGUCACCUUCUUAAAACUCUAAUCAAGCAAUGUUUGGAUCCAAACUACCCUAUAAAAUCACAACCAGAAAUGUUCUUAAUCAACAAAAACAAAAGAUUAAUCACCAGAAGUGUGUUUUUUGAAUUCCUCUGUAAAAAUAAAUGGCAGACAACUCUCAGAACCUGAGCUAUCAAAUUGGAGAAGCCAAAGGCCAAGCACAGGAAAAGGCGAGUAAUUUGAUGGACAAGGCAAGUGAUGCAGCCCAAUCAACUAAAGAUUCGAUACAAGAUGCAGGACAACAGAUGAUGGUCAAAGCCCAGGAUGCAGUUGAUUCUGUCAAGGAUGCUACUGGCUUGAAGAAAUGAAGCUUUUCCAUUGCCCAUUUCUCCUUGUGAUCGUUGUCACUUAUCGAAUAUUUUUAAAUAUUCAUCCUAUGUUUAUCAUUUUUCAGAUAAAGAUAAAGGCCCUAUAUAUUGAUGCAGUGCCAGUUGAGUUGACCAUGAAAUAAAGUCACACUAGAUAGUUUUUAACCUCGUUCGUUGUUCUCGAAUGGGUUCUCUUUCAACUUUAUAAAUCCCCACUUCCAAUCAGUUGUUUUAGUAUCUAAUGAAUUCUUUAUCAAGGAGUUAUAUACUCAUUAGCCAUCACUAGGGAGCAGGGCAUACAAUAACCAAACUACACAAGAACAUACUAAUAUUCCUCCAAAAAAAAAAAAAAAAAAUGAAGACGUUCCCUUUUUUUAUUAUUC